CCGCUCCACUUCCCUCGGUGUUCGCACCGGCAGCCUGACAGCCGCACUGACAGACAGCCGCGCUCCGCCAUGGCCCAGACUUCUCCCGAGACAGUGGUGUUCAGCAAGCCCAAGGUUGAGCUGCACGUUCACCUCGAUGGAGCCAUCAGGGUGCAGACUAUUCUUGAAGUUGCCAAGAGGCGUGGCAUUCCUCUGGGAGCCGAUACUGCCGAGGAGCUGAAAGAGAAGAUAAUACUUCACGACGCCGCCACUCUCACAGUCUUCUUGAGUAAAUUUGAGAUGUACAUGCACGUGGUUGCCGGUGACAGAGAGGCCAUAGAGAGGAUCGCCUAUGAGUUUGUUGAGGACAAAGCUAAAGAGGGAGUGGUUUAUGUAGAGGUCAGAUACAGCCCACAUUUACUAGCCAACAGUAACGUGGAGCCCAUUCCCUGGAACCAGGAUGAAGGGGACCUGAGCCCAGAUGAGGUGGUGCGUCUGGUGAACGAGGGCCUGGGCCGGGGGGAGAAGAAAUUCAAUAUCAAAGUCAGGUCCAUUCUGUGCUGCAUGCGCCACAUGCCAAGUUGGUCCAUGGACGUAGUGGAGCUGUGUAAGAAAUAUAAGGACGACGGUGUCGUUGCCAUUGAUCUGGCUGGUGAUGAGUCACUAAACUCUGAAGCCUAUCCAGACCACAGAAAGGCCUAUGAGGAAGCAGCUCGUCGUGGAGUCCACCGGACAGUGCAUGCAGGAGAGGUGGGCCCAGCGUCCGUGGUAAAGGAGGCUGUAGAAGUGCUGAAAGCUGAGCGGAUCGGCCACGGCUACAGAACUCUGGAGGACCAAGCCCUUUACAAAAAGCUGCUGGCCCAAAACAUGCAUUUUGAGGUGUGUCCUGUUUCCAGUAAGCUGACCGGUGCCUGCGACUCAGACUUUACCAAACACGCCGUCAUCACGUUCAGGAAAGACAAGGCCAACUAUUCUCUGAACACCGACGACCCGCUGAUCUUCAACUCCACCUUGCACAUGGACUACAGCAUAGCGCAGGAAUACAUGGGCUUCACUGAGGAGGAAUUCCAGCGACUGAACAUCAGAUCUGCAGAGUCGUGUUUCCUCCCUGAAGAGGAGAAGGAGGAGCUCCUCAGCCAGCUGUAUAAGGCGUAUGGGAAGAUGCACAACACUGCCUUUUAAACCUGACCAGAACACCCGAGGAGAAACGAGACUUCUGGCCUCUUAAUCUGCCCUCCUGACACAACGGAAUGUCUUUUUUACACUCCUGUGACCAGACUUAAAGCCUAUUAAAUAUCAGGAAUAAUGACUAUGUGGCUGCUGCCUUGGCCUCAGAUAACUUCACACUGUCAGCUCAUGUUUUAUCAGGUUUCCUCUUAAUAUUUCCAGACUAAGCUUUCUACUUUAGGGUGCUUUUCAGACAAGAACACAUUCCUCUUAUACGUGCAAAAGCACGUGCAUUCAAAUGUUGUUUUCAUGAACCUGUUUUGUUGUAUCAAAACUCUGGACGCGUUCUUCAUCUUUUGUUUACACCGUUUUUGUCAUGAAGUCAGGAAAGCUGUAAUUGCACAGUUAUUCAGAACUCAUGACAUAACAGUUAGAGCGAGUGUGAGCAGAGACUAGGCUGCUCUAAUUAUUGUUAAAGGGUUAAGGCUGAGGGUUAUGGUUUAACAUGUAUCUUUAAAAAUGUUAGGGGUAAGGAUGAAACUAUAAAGCAAAGUAGAAGAGUGAGAAUUCAUUCAUUUCAUGUGCCCACGAGGGCCUGGAACUUGUUAUAGGACAAUCUAGUUAAUUGUGAACAUCCAUUCUUGAGUUGGAGGAGGAAAUAAGAGAAGAGAUCAGAUCUACAUGUGCUUUUUCAACCAUCAAUACCAAAGGUGUAGUCUUACAUUUGAACACAAGGUGGCACAAUAUUUUCACCUACGUUGAUAAAGUGAUUACUUAAUAUAGUUCUGAAUUUGAUAAUUAGUUAUUUUACUUUAUAUUAUAUGAAAAUAUUAUUUGAAUUUAAUUGAACAAAAAGCACUACCAUUUAAUGUAUUAUAACCCUUUUGAAAAGGAUAUUUGGCUACAAUAAAAGU